AGAGAUUUAGCUUCACGUUUUCGUCGUUGAACGGCAAACCGGAAACUGCGGUAAGAGGUCUGCGGUUUGCAGUCCGAGGUAAAAUGCUUUUUGACAUUUAGCUGUCGGUUCAAUAUGUAAACAAACAUUUUAACAUGGCGGCAUUGGCAAGGUAGUUUUUAUGGCCUUUUAUGUGUUGUUUUUAUUAUUUUUAUUUAAAUUUGGUGGAACAAAACCAUUAGAUAAAAGACAUUUCUUGUUUUCUUUUUUACCAGAAAAGACUACACGGAUAUAACAAUUCUAAUGUUACUUGAGAGUGAUUCUGACCAAAGUAGUAGAGAUGAAGACGAUCUUGACAUGGUACUGUUUGAAUGCAUGUUUUGAUCCUCGAAAUUUAGCCUUCCCCGAUUGAAUCUCGAAGACCUCGACGACUGGCAAUGUGAAAAAAAUUUCAGGUACUUUUUAUUGCAACAAUAAAAUUAAAAUGAAUAAUUUGUUAUUUCGUUUUAAUACGUAUUAUAAAAUUUCUAUAAUUUUCGUUUGACUAGAUUCAACAAGAAUGACAUGUCAAGCGUUUUUGCUGCGUUGAGGAUUCCCGAGUAUUAUCAGGCUGAACAAAGGACAAAAGCCUCUGGUAUGGAAGCCCUCAUGAUUCUUCUAAGGCGACUUGCUUAUCCAAACAGGUCGUGUGAUUUGGUGGGCAUUUUUGGAAGGAGUGAAUCCCAACUUAGUUUGAUUUUUAAAAAGGUAUUCAACUAGUGACAGAGUGACAUUUAAAUUGCAAACAAAAGAGCAUAAUUAAACUAACUCAGAUUUAUUCUGACUUUGCAGAUAUUGGAUGACAUGUACAACCGCUUCAGCCAUCUUAUUGACUCGUUUGACUUAGUAUGACAAGAUCCAGAGUGCUUUGCCCAAGCAAUUCAUUUUCAAUGAAGGUGCACCACUCACUCAGUGUUGGGCAUUUAUUGAUGGUACAGUGCGACCAAUAGCGCGACCACUAGUAAAUCAACAAGUGAUGUACAGUGGGCACAAACGGGUUCACUGCAUUAAGUUUCAGGUAUUGGAUGAUUACUUACUGCAUGACCAAAGACAUAAUCCCAAAACUGUUUGCCUUGAGUUUUACGUUUAUUUGCUGGGCCAGUGAGAGAAUUUGCUGAGCAUGGGGCAAAAUUUUCUCCAUGGGCCGUCUAGAACACCUUAGGUGCAAGUGUUCUAGGGGGUGGAACAUUUUUUUAUUUAGGUUCUCUGAAAUGCCAGAGACCUUAAAUUGAGAGAAAAGGGUCCUCCAAUUUCCGAAAUGUUCUCAAUCUCAAAACUGACAUUUACAUCAACCCCUACAUUUUCAGGGGCCUGGUCCAUUUUAUUUUAGGGUCCCUCCCAAGUUGGAGACCCCUAAUUGGUUAAGAACCACAGGUCCUUAACUUAAUUGGGGCCCCCAACUGGGAGGGACCCUAAAAUUGAGCAGGCCCCGUAUCAGCUGCCCUGCUCAUUUGUAACUCUCUAGCACUGUUUUAAGAAAACAGCGUUUUCAUAGGAUUUCUUUUCUUUUUAGUCAGUCCACGCCCCAAAUGGCCUUAUUGUCAACUUGUUUGGCCCCAUAGAGGGGCGAAGGCAUGAUGCCUUUAUGCUUAGUAUGAGUGGGCUUUGUGAAAAAUUACAAAAUAUUCAAACACCCGAUGGUGAGCCGUAUGUCCUUUAUGGAGACCCAGCCUAUGGUGUUAAUGGACAACAUCCUGGCCCCAUAUCGAGGUGCACAAUUGACACCUAAUCAAAGUGAAUUCAACAAGCGAAUGAGUAAAGUUCGUGUUAGCGUGGAAUGGGGAUUUGGAAAGUUGUGUCAGUAUUUUGUAUUUCUUGAUUUAAAAAAAACCCAGUAAAUUUUGCUUCAACCUGUGGCAAAAUACUACAUGCAUGGUUGGAAGUGUCCUAAUUAAUUGCCAUACCUGCCUAUAUGGUUCUGUCACAAGUUCAUUCUUUAAAGUUCAGCCCCCUUUGUUAGAAACAUAUUUAUCAAAUCAGUAACAGUUUUAAUUAAUACAAAAUAUUUAUGGAAUAACAAUAUUUAUAAAAAAUAUAUUAAGUAUUUGAAUAAAUAUAUUUAAAUUAUUUUAAUAACAAAAUCUAUGAAUUAAUUUUUACAUCAAUGUAUGAUAAAACAUUUGAAAAGUGAAAUGUACAUGUGUUUAAAAUAAAGCAAAUUGAAAUGCGAAACUUGAAAUAUUAAAAUUGAAAUUAUUUUUACACUAAGAACGUUUCUGUAACAACUCAAUGAAUGCUUUUUUUUCUUCCAUUUCCAGCUGAAACUUUAAUUUCCUCUCUUCAGCCUCAGCAAGAUAUUUUUCUCGUUGGAAGUCAAGUUCCGAUCUUCUUAAAUUCAAUUCUUUAUCUUUUAACUGGGCUUUUUGUUUAUAUUUAUCAGUAAGAAUCUCAAGUGCAGUAAGCUUAGUUGCCCUUCUACAUACUUUUCUUUUUCUACCUGUUACAAAUUAAAAAAUACAAGGUUUUGGGUGUUUCUAUGCAAAGCAAUGGAACAGAUGUUUUAAAUGCAUAAAGUUCAUUUUUUUGCUUUUAUCUAAAUUACAAGAACUAUUAUUCUUACCUUUCCUUGUUUUCCUUACCUUUCCUUGUAGUGAUGUUUUCUUCACUAUCAAACAUUUCAUCUUCGCUUGCGGUAUCACUACUUUCAUAAUCAUUACUUUUUCUUCCUAUAAUAUUAAACAUAAACUAGAAUUUACCAUAUCAGGAACAUAACCAAUCAACAUCCCAACAAAUACGACACUCAAACACAACCAAUCAACAACUCUACAAAUCACGAGACACAUUUAAUAGCCAAUACAUACUACUCAUUUCAGUGAGUGUCGCAUCUCGCAUUUCCUGGCCUUUUUUCUUUUUCAAUUCUUUUUGAUUUUCUUCUCUUUUUCCUUUGGUCUUGAGAUCUUCUUGGUCUCUUCUGAACAUGCAGAUAUCUUCCAAAAGCAUGGUGAGCUCAGUAUAGUCUUCUUCUGUGCCAGACCUUAAAUAGAUGAGUUUCUUAUGGUAAAGAUCUCAGUUCAUGACAUAUCACAAACAUCUUUCAAAAAUGUUAUAUCUCAAUGACAUCUUGCCAAACAAAGUGGUGUAAACUGUAGAAGAGAAGGGGCUUUGGGGCCAGAGCCCCUUGCUCAAACUAUGGGGGGGGGGAGGGUUUGAGCCAGUGACAUACUGGCUACUGUGUAGCUGGGGGCAUGAAUCAAUACUGCAUCCCCAUAGUCUACCAACACACAGCAGCAUGGCCUGGUCCUUAGAUUGGUGGGGGGUGAAGGGCAAACAUCGAAGGCAUGAGACAUGUUUAUAGGGGAGGGGCCUCCACUGGGCUGAGCCCCCUACUUUUAUGCAAGGGUACUUGAAAAUAUAUCAUUUUUGCAUGUUCUCAUUCUCAAAUUAUCACACUAUGACUAUUCCAUGAGUAAUGAAUAUCAUAUAACCAUGGGAUUGAGGGUUUUUAUUACAUCCUAGUUCAUAUUUGUGCGGAUAUCUAUUGUUCUCAAUAGGGUUUUAUUUGGGUAAGAAUCUAAAAGCAAGGGGAGGGAUUUGAUAUCUCCACAAGGAAAAGCGGGGUUGAAUAGAAUUGAAUGCCUCAAUUAAAAAUGCAAUGUAUCUAACUACAUAGUGACCCCUUUUGGAGGUCACUAUGGAGUUAGAUACUUUGGAUUUGUAACAAAACUCAAACCACACAUCUCCUUUUCGACUAGAAAACGCUGCACGUCUCUGAGUCGAGAGAAAGAGACAACAGCCGUGUACCUCAAGAGCCCGUCAAACUCUACUUUGGGUAGAGUAUUUAUCAUUUGGUGCGCGAGGACUAGCUGAACCAACCAUCAAACUUGCUUGUGCAAGGAAUUUAUACAGUAAUAUCUGCUCUUUCGCUUGUGGGAAGCGAAAUGAUAUACUACGCAUGCUCAACCACAUUAAAGCGUGUUUAAUGCGCAUGUUCAACCUUAUUUCGUCCCACAACCACAACCUCCCGAGGACAAUAGAAAAUGGGUGUGAUAGAUAUAUAAACGACAUAAAAACCUCAUGGUCGUGCUUUCAUUGAAAGACCUCCCAUUCGGUUUUUAUCCUUUUUAUAAAACCCUGUUGAGAACAACUUGAGAAUCUCUGCUCCGACAAAACCCGUACAAAUCUUCGUUAGCGCUUCUCGGUUGUAUGAACUAUUUCAAACAUAUUUCAUCGUCAUUGUGGUUGGUGAACGAAUAUUUAAUCACUUCUCGUAGACAGUAUACAGUAGUGCGACACGAGAAUUGAUGCAUAUCAAAUGGGAAAGCCCUGUUUGUUUUUAUUACAACCAUGGUAAUUCAAACUCAUUUAAUUUAAAGAACAAUACAUAUCAUAAAGUAAAUUUCAUUGUGGGUCAAUCUUUACAAAUAUGAACUAAGUUAGUUAGAUACCUCAAACGUCGGCUCUUAGUCAGAUAAAUCCCUCGGGGCAUGGACUUUAACAAAUGUCACAUGCACGAAAACGUGGUUCUAUAGCCAAAGUGACUUACUUUCCGGAAGGGUGUAUUCUAAAUAUUUUCAAUGUCAAUGAUUACUUUUUCAAGGACAUCUUGUCAUCUUCUUUGUGUUUUGUAAUUAGCCUAUCCAUUCGCUCCCUGCAGUCCCGACCUGUAAAGUCAAUCUUUUUUUCAUCUGUAGGUUUAAAUUAACCUACCUUUUUGAGCUUUUGAUUCUCCUUUUUGAACCCCGUUAUUCGCCUAUUUCUAUCUAAAAGGCGCUGUUUUUUAUUUGAUCGGAUCUUUUGUAAAUAUUUAAUUCUCUCCUUUUUCUGGCCACAUGUGGCACAAGAAAGCGACUCCUGACGGUCCUGUGACAUGAAACUUUCAUGCCCUUGAUUGACAACUAACAAAACAAGAAAACAGAAACUAUUUACGAAUAGCCAAACUAUUGCAUUUGUGUCUAUGUGCAAAAUAGAAUUUACGACUCACCUUUCUCUUUGCACGCGAAGUGCUUGGCAUUUCGUCCAGAAUGACCGUAUAUCCUUGGUUGGAACGGACCCUUGUAUUAGGUAUCUUGCCCUUGAUUUUAGUUCGUCUGGUACCCCAACGUGAUACCUUGUUGGAAAAGAAGAAUUCUCCGAAUGGGCCGAGCAUAUUACAGACGAACUGCUUGGAGAGAAAUUCGGCCGAAGUCUUUGUACAAAUUUUAUCCUUUUUUUUCGUAGCUCUUCGUUCGCAGGAAACUUGUGCAUUGAUAUCCCUUCAAUGUGGUAUGUAUUUGUGUAACUGAGCAAUCCAGGACCUCCACAAACUUAAUAUUUACCCUUUUUCGCUCUCUUCGUGCUGGAAGACAUGCUUGUUGGAUUGAAAAUGCAAGGGUACUCUCAAAACGCAGGGGUUUUUAUACAAAUGUAGAGUGCGUGCGUUGAAUAGGUGUAGUUUCCUAUAGGGUGUGUAUGCACGUCAACUUACGUGAAAACAUAUAGCUUGACUGAUAAGGCGAGAAAGGAAUUUCGUUUGACGCAGUAACCACAACCAGUGACUAAGGAAUAAAUUGCGCGAAAACAGGAUAUAGAUAAGGCAGGUUUCAGCAAACGCAAAUGGACAAAUACAUGAAACACCUGAAAGCUGAAGCGUAAACAAGCAAGGAGCUUUCUGUGGUGAAAGUAUGACGUGCGAACUAGGGUAUUUAUAGUUCCUAGGUUUAUAGUAUAUUGCGUUCCGGUGUACUCAACUUCGUUUACUUCAAUUAAUUUAAUUUCGCCUAUUCUAUCAUAGUACGGACUAUAUAAAUCCUAACACUGUCUCUGUCCAACUAUCUACAAUGGACUAUAGAUAUACAACGAAAAUACUAUACAAUAUGCCACAACAAACGACAUCUGAACAGCGUCAAUUUAAGCUGGCUAAUCUAUAAGCGAAACCUACACUGCCACCACAGCAAUGAUUUUGCAAUUCGGCGGCUUAUAAGCGAUAAAUCGUCGUAUAUGAUGAUAUCAUUGCAUUUAUAUCUUUUCUAGAGUUCCAGUUUUAACUAGACGUUUUUAAUUCUUCAAUCACAUGAUUAUCCGCAAGGACAAAGCGAGAAGCCACUGUUUUAUUGCUCUUUAAACUGAACAAGAAACUUCCCACUCUUGCUUCUCAGUCAAUCAGGUAUACAAGUAUAAUUCUGCCCCGAAUUAAAAAAAAUAAUUAAUGCCCUCCUCAUUAACCAACCAUAUUUGAGUGCUAAUUUUGCCCUCUAUUUGAUUAGAUGAAUAAUUGUGAAUUGGAAACAGUUAUUCACAAUGUAGAUUUACAACUAUCAUGAAGACUUAUUUCUUACGUUCACAUACAUGUACCAAAAGCACGAGCGAGUGAAUUGGUAAGCACAGUUUACAUUAACAACCUUUUGCGACCUUUACUUGCCUGAAAACUGUCCACAGUUGUAAUAUUGAUAUUUUUCAAUUUAGUAACAUGCUCUUUCCUUGAUUUUGACGAUUUCUCUUGAAAUUUAGCUUUCAUUUUUUCCACCUAAAUUAGUAAACGGAUGUAAUUUAGUUAAAAGUCAAUAUAUGAUGAAUACGCUCAUGUUUAAAUAGGAUGA